AUGUCGUUGCUCGAAGUCAUUGCCAGAGCCUCGGCCAAAUCCCAAACCCAAGUCGCCCCAUCAGAUUACCCCAUUGUUCUUGACCCGGAACCCAUUUUUGACAAUUUGAAACCCAAAUUCGACGACCCAAAUACCUCGGCAGCUGCAAUCCCAUUCACCGGAUGGAAAAUCUCACAAACCGACUCCGAGCUCAUCGAUUCGGGAAAGGAGUUCUUCACCAAGCUCCAAAAGAAGCUCAAAAACCCAACCAGUUUCACCAAAGUUGAGUUCUUGGGAACCCUAAAUCCGUUUCUCGAGAACAUUUGGGAGAAAAAGAGAGUUGGGGAAUCGAUUGGGGUCGAUUCGUCGAAUGAUGGGUAUGCCCGGGUUUUGAUUGAGAAAGUUGGGAACUUGAUGGGCAAGGAUGUUGCUGGUUUGGUUUUGGAAGCCUGUGUGGUGUUGGAGAUUUGGGAUUUGGUAGGUGCUUUGAUUGCAAAUGGGGUUUUCCCCAAUUCUUGUUAUCAUCGUUUGGUUCCGAAAAUCGUGGAAAAGAGGAGGUCCGAGUUGGUUUGUCUUUGUGUUAAGCAUGCUUCUGAUCUCAGGUCGUCGGAGUUGCUGCUGAUCUUGAAGUACUUUCUGGAUCCGCCUAAAGACGGUUAUGCUAGCCUUGCGGAUGUGAGGAAGGAAUGGGAGAGCCGGGCAUUGGCCACGGUUGAGAAAGCGGGUGAUCAGAGUCUCUCCGACAAGAAACUAAGAGUUGCAAAAGAUGCUGCAGUUUUGCUCAUGGUAGCGUAUGAUGGGUUCUCUUCGGCAGAACUCUGUCUGCAUUUUCUGUUGGCUUCGAAGAACCUCGAUGAGGUGAUGUUGUCGGCUGCGAUUAGUAAGUUGAGUGGGAAGGAGAUGAAGAGUUUGCUGCGGUAUUUGGGGAAGUGGCUGAAGAAAUAUGAGAGGUUUCCUCAGGCAUCAACAGCAUCAGGUUUGAAGGCUUGUGAUUGGGUUCCUAAACUCGAAGAUGUUGUGAAAUGUAUCGGAUUGGUACUGGAUGAGAAUUACUCUGCAUUGGUGUUGCAUCCGGAGUUUCACGAAGAGUUGAGAUCGAUGAACGAAUUGGUUGCUUCGGUGGCCUUGGAAGCAAGGUUCUGCUGUUCUGUGGCCAGUGUAGCUGGUAAAUUGAUGGCUGAAGUUUGA